AUGUAUGAUCUUCUAACACAGGGGACUGUGGUGUUGUUAUUCAAAAUGUCUCUUCCUCUUUCUCUCAUCCUCCUGCUUAUGGUUCAGGGUGUUUAUGGUCAGAAUUGGGGUGUGUGGUACAGGCCUGUUAGUAUCUGUGCCCUGAAGGGUUCAUCAGUAAACAUGUCCUGCUCCUACACAUAUCCCAGUGGUUACAAGGUUGAAACAGUUUUCUGGACAAAACAUGAAGGUGUUGACCCCCCUGAUUUGUCUAAAGACCCAGAUUAUGAAGGAAGAGUUCAUUACCUUGGAGAUUAUCAGUCAGACUGUACCAUGAAACUGAGUGAUGUGACAGAGAUAGACAAAAGAAGCUAUUAUUUCAGAUUUCUCACAGACAAUGCACAGGGGAUGUGGUCUGGUGUCCCUGGAGUUCAGCUAUCAGUUACAGACCUACAGGUGGAGACUCCAGAGAGAGUGAUGGAGGGUGAUACAGUCACUCUGAAAUGUAGAACCACCUGUUCUUUGAGUAACACUCCAACCUUCAUCUGGUAUAAAAAUGGGCAUAUUUUAAGAAGGAAAAACAUCAAGAACAAUGAACUCUCUUUCCAGGAAGAACUCCAAAGUAAGACCAACUCUCAACUCAAAGACUAA